AUGGCACCCAAACGCAAUCGCGACGAUGACUUUGUGCUCACACUAUCAGACAAUGAAGGCGAAGACUUAACCAACGUUGUCGAAGAGGAAUUGCCUCUAGAUCCUUCCUCGAACAAAAAACGCAAACGCAACGAUGAUACUGCUUCGACAAAAAAGUCCAAGAAAUCAAAGAAGAAGUCCGAGGAAGAAGAUGUGGAAGAAGAGGGAGUAUGGGGAAUUAAAGAUGCAGAUGAUGGGGCAAUGGAUUCCGAUUUUGAAUUUGCAUUGGAAGCAGACGGAACAGGUGGCGCGGAUUUAGAGGAGUUUGAGGGUUGGGGGUUUGAUGGAGCAAAGAAGGGACUCAAUGGAGGUGAUAAAAAGGCAGUGGAUAUUGAUGAGAUCAUUGCACGAAGAAGAGAAAAGAAGAAGGCCUCUGGAAAGAAGGGAGAAGCAGAUGAUGAAGUAAUGGCGGACCAAGAAGACGCUGUAGCUUCAAACGAAGAACAAGAUGCGCCCGAGGGUAUGGAUUUUGAGGAUGAAGAUGAUGAAUUCAUGGCCGAAGAUGGAUUUGGAAUGGGUGCUGGAUCUGCGGAAGAGUCUGGAGCAGAGGAGGAUUCUGAUGCAGAAGAUAACGAAGAGGGAGAAGAUGACGAUUCAGAUAACGAUUCAGUUGCAUCUCCGGCACCUCACCCAGACGAUGCUGCUUCUGAGGCUUCUGACGAAGAUGAGGAUAUGGACGAUGACCCAGAAGAAGCUGCCAAGAGAGAAGCAUUUUUCGCUCCUGAAGAAAAGCCAGUCAAGGGUGCAAAACAAGAACUCAACACAACAUUCCAAAGCAUGUCAUUAUCUCGACCAAUUCUUCGAGGUCUUGCCACUGUCGGUUUCACGCAACCUACGCCAAUUCAAUCGAAAACUAUACCUGUUGCUUUACUUGGAAAGGAUGUUGUUGGUGGUGCUGUUACUGGUUCUGGAAAGACAGCAGCAUUUAUUGUUCCGGUUCUUGAACGUCUUCUAUACAGACCAAAGAAAGUGCCAACCAGUAGAGUGGCUAUUCUUAUGCCAACUCGUGAAUUGGCAAUUCAAUGUCAUGCAGUCGCUACGAAACUCGCAAGUCACACAGAUAUCAAAUUUUGUUUGGCAGUUGGAGGUCUUAGUUUGAAAGUUCAAGAAGCUGAAUUACGUCUUCGCCCAGAUGUCAUUAUUGCCACUCCAGGUCGUUUCAUCGAUCACAUGCGCAAUUCCCCAAGUUUUACUGUCGAUACCCUGGAAAUUCUUGUUCUCGAUGAAGCCGAUAGAAUGCUUGAAGCUGGUUUCGCUGAUGAGUUGAAUGAAAUCUUAACGACCAUUCCUAAGUCAAGACAGACUAUGUUGUUCUCUGCAACAAUGUCUUCAUCUGUAGACAAUCUUAUUCGUGUCGGUCUCAACCGACCUGUUCGAUUACUUGUGGAUUCCCAGAAGUCAACUGCGGGUACUUUGACACAAGAAUUCAUUCGUCUUCGUCCAGGAAGAGAGGGUAAACGCAUGGGUUAUCUUUUGUAUCUCUGCGCAAAUGUCUACACUGAUCGAGUCAUUGUCUUCUUUAGACAGAAGAAGGAAGCUCAUAGAGCACGUAUCAUCUUCGGACUGUCUGGUCUCAAAGCUACUGAAUUGCACGGUAGCAUGAGUCAAGAACAGCGUAUCAAAAGUGUAGAGGCAUUCCGUGAUGGAAAAGCUUCAUUCCUUCUCGCUACUGAUCUUGCCUCCCGUGGUCUUGAUAUCAAGGGUGUUGACACAGUAAUCAACUACGAAGCCCCUCAAUCUCACGACAUCUAUCUUCAUCGUGUCGGACGUACAGCUCGUGCUGGCCGUUCAGGACGCGCUUGUACUAUUGCCGCAGAACCCGAUCGUAAAGUUGUCAAAGCAGCUGUAAAGUCUAGUCGUACACAAGGAGCCAAGGUUGUCAGUCGAGUGAUCGAGGCUAGCGAGGCAGAUAGUUGGAGUGAGAAGGUUGAUGAGAUGGCAGAUGAGAUUGAAGAAAUUUUGAAAGAAGAAAAAGAAGAUAAGAUUCUUGCGCAAGCAGAAAUGGAGGUUCGCAAGGGACAAAAUUUCAUUGAUCAUGAAGCGGAAAUUAAGGGAAGACCUAAGAGAACAUGGUUCGAGACUGAGAAGGAGAAGUUGGCGGCGAAGAAAUUGGGUGUUGAGGAAUUGAAUGGCGUGGUGGGGGGAAAGAAGAAGGGGAAGUUGAGUAAUAAAGAUAAGAAGAAGUUGGAUGAUAAGGGAGAGAGAUUAGAGGGGAGAGUCUGGAAGAAGGGUAGACAGGAGAGAGAUGGCAAGGGCGUUUUGGCUAAGGAGAAGGGGAAGAAGAAGGUUAAGGGUGGAAAACCUCCGGGACCGGGUGGAAAGAAACCUAUGAGGCCUAUGAGAACGGGAGGAGCAAAGAGGAAAUAG